GCUGGGCUGGCGGGACCCCCCCUUCGGGGUCAGAGGUGUUCAUCGGUAAAAUCCCACAGGACAUCUACGAGGACAAGCUGAUUCCGGUCUUCCAAAGCGUGGGGAAGCUCUAUGAGUUCCGGCUCAUGAUGACCUUUAGUGGCCUGAACCGGGGCUUCGCUUAUGCCAAGUACACCAACCGGCGCGGUGCCCAGGAGGCUAUCGCUGCCCUGAACGGCUUCGAAAUCCAGCCCGGACACCCCAUCGUGGUCUGCAGGAGCACGGAGAAGUGCGAGCUCUCCCUCGAUGGUCUGGCUCUCUCCGUCAAGAGGCGCCCGCUCCUCCAGCUGCUGGGCGAACUCACGGCGGGCGUGGCCGGCCUCUCCUUGCACCCGAGCCCUUUCCGGAAGGGGAAGCAGAUGGCGGAGGUGAAGUACGUCUCCCACGGCGCGGCUGCGAUGGCAAAGAAGGUGCUGGUGGAAGGGAGUUUAUGCCUCUGUGGAGACCAGAUUGAGGUGGACUGGGUGAAGCCAAACGUCAGGCAGGAACUCCACACCACUGUGCAAGCCGUCCCAGAGACCCUCCUCUCCUCCAGCCGCUCUGCCGAAGACGCCCCCACCCGAGGGGCCUCCGAGUCAGUGGAUCCUCUUGUCCCCCUGGCAGGGGGCCGUGCGCUAGACUACCUGAACCUCCAGUGUGAGGAGCGGCAGCUGGGGACCCCCGUAUUCCUCACCAAAUGCAUCCAGAGGAGACCUGGGGGCUGGCUUCAGUACUGGUACCAAGUGGUGAUUCCAAACUAUCCGUCGCCCUUCAGUGGAUUGGUCUGGAUCGAGCAAGAUGACUCCGUUGUGGAGGACCAUAAAAAGGCAAAGAAUGUGGUAGCCCUGCAACUGCUCAAAGUCCUGGAUGUACAGCAUGAAAACGUCUGA